AUGCGUCCUAAAUGUUGUAAAUUGCACGAAAAUUAUAAAAACUUGGAUUUUGUUAUGGAUGAUGAAAGCUAUUUUACCUUAAACAAUAGCACAUUAGCUGGUAAUGAUAGGUUUUAUGCCGAUGAUCCUUCUCAAUAUUCUGACAAAGUAAGAUACAAUUUGCGUAAAAAGUACGAGGACAAGCUCUUAGUUUCUUGUUGCAUGAGCCCCCGUGGAAUAAGCUCUCUUUAUAUUCAUCACAUAUCAGAGUAUUAUAAAAAAGACAAUGAGCCUGAUCUAGCUCGAUCACAUUACGUAAAGUCGGUCAUCGACUUUUUAAAAAUGAAAAAAAAAGUCAAAGUUGUACACAAAGAUAUAAACCCAGCUAACGUUCCAGGAGCAAGACCAAUUGAAAACUUUUGGGGUGAUUUAAAACGGCUAGUGUAUAAGAAUAAUUGGAGAACUGAGAGUUUGGAAGAGCUUGAAGUGAUCAAAGUCUGGCACAAUAACAUAGAUAUUCAAAAUAGUGCAAUAAAAUGCAUAGAAAGUAUGCCAAGACGUGUAGAAGCGGUAAUAAGUGUUAAGGGAGGGAUAACAAAAUACUAA